CACAUGCUCUCUCUCUCUCUACAAUUGCUAUAAAUAGUGUGAAUUCGUGGACUAGUUUGCUUCCUCCACCUCUGCACCUCUUCCUCCUCUCAUUAUCUCUUGUUUCUGCCACCCCAUUUUGAAAGCUUUUAUUUUCUUUGAUCAUGGAGGAAGCCAACGUGAUAGAAGCUAAAGAUGGAACUAUCUCUCUGGCAUCUGCAUUUGCUGGUCAUCAAGAAGCUGUUCAGGAUAGAGACCACAAAUUCUUAACAAGAGCAGUUGAAGAAGCAUACAAGGGUGUUGAAUGCGGACAUGGAGGACCGUUUGGUGCUGUUGUUGUUCGUAAUGAUGAAAUAGUUGUAAGCUGCCACAACAUGGUUCUGGAAAACACUGAUCCAACUGCUCAUGCUGAAGUAACAGCUGUUAGAGAGGCAUGCAAGAAGCUCAACCGAAUUGAGCUCUCAGAUUGUGAAAUAUAUGCUUCCUGUGAACCAUGUCCAAUGUGCUUUGGUGCCAUCCAUCUUUCAAGAAUUAAGAGGUUGGUUUAUGGAGCCAAAGCUGAAGCAGCUAUAGCUAUUGGAUUUGAUGAGUUCAUUGCUGAUGCUAUAAGAGGCACUGGGUUUUACCAGAAGGCUAAUUUGGAGAUCAAGAAAGUUGAUGGAAGUGGUGCUGUUAUAGCAGAACAAGUAUUUGAGAAGACAAAGUCCAAGUUUAUCAUGUACUGAUUGUUGAUUGUAUGGAAAUUUAACCAUGUAUUUACAAAAGCUGGUCAUCUCCUUAAUAAUAAAUUAUCGACGAUUCCCUUGUUUUUACAAA